CAAAGAUUUACGCUUCCAUUGCACCCCGCACCGCCGCUCCUGCCCGACACCGUAUCAGCUGUUGGUGCCGCAGUCGAAGUCGUCUGAAGGAAUCUCUGCCGCCCUCAUACGCUCUCUCGCCUCCGAGAAAUCAGAGUUAUCUCUGUUUUUCUCUCUCUCAGAAACACAGUGGUUCGUUUCAGCCCCUAAUCGGCGCCGUUGACUUAGAUUGAGGCAUAUUACUAAGAUUUCAGAGAACUUACUCUUGUAGAUGUCUAGGUAGCUGUCUGAUUAUUACAAUACCACUACGCCGACUCUUUUAGUGGUCCGCCGUUAAUAUGGCAAUCUCAGUGUCGAGAAGGCUGUUGCGCUCUUUGGGCUCCCUAUCAACAUUUGGGCAAUGUAAUUCUUCGUGUACCAUGAGUCAGUCGUUUUAUAAUUCCCGUGAAAUUUAUGGUCACGUUAAAGGGAGUAGCUCUAUGUUUGCGGGCUGUUCUACCCUAUUGAAGGCUGGAACCUUUCUUGUCUCCAAAGGGCUUUCCACCUCUAUUUUGACUCCCGAAUCAAGCAACGCUAAACCAGUUGUAUCAGAAGAGCGCAAGAUAGGGCUUCUUCAGGACCUGAUGAUUCCUGUGACAAACUUUCAAAAUGAAGACAAGGGGUUCAUGGUCUUGGCUGGAGAUGUUUUUGACGUCCCUAUCAGGAAGGACAUCAUUCAUCGGGUUGUUAGAUGGCAGCUUGCAAAGAGACAGCAGGGAACACAUUCAACAAAAACAAUUAGUGAGGUUAGUGGCACCGGGAGAAAGCCAUGGCGACAAAAAGGUACUGGUAGAGCAAGGCAUGGAACACUGCGUGGUCCCCAGUUCAGAGGUGGUGCAGCUAUGCACGGCCCUAAACCACGAAGUCAUGCUUUCAAGCUUAAUAAGAAAGUUCGUCGUUUGGGUUUGAAGAUAGCUCUUACAGCUCGUGCUGCAGAAGGAAAGCUUCUGAUAUUUGAUAAUCUGGACGUCGCUACACAUAAGACGAAGUAUAUCGUGAACUAUGUCAAUGAAAUGGAGAAUACUAAAAAAGUUCUUCUAGUCGAUGGUGGCCCCAUCGAUGAGAAACUGAAGUUGGCCACACAAAACCUUCAUUACGUCAAUGUUUUGCCUUCUAUAGGUUUGAAUGUGUACAGCAUUCUUCUACAUGAUACUCUUGUCAUGUCUCGUGAUGCUGUAGAAAAAAUUGUUACCCGGAUGCACACUCCAAUCAACCGCUGAAGCCGCAGUGCAUUUGACCUGAAUUAUAUGCUCAGCUCAGAUCAGCAAUAACCUUUAUUUCUUUGCACGAAGGGGUGAAAACCUGUAUGGUGUUUCCGUUGAGUUUGAAACUUCGCUUCUGCUGAUUAGCACUUGAAGGCAUCGGAUAGUUAGUUUUGAAGCUGUAGUUUGUGGUGCUCGAAAAUAACCAAAAGAGCCAAUUCUUACUGGCAGAUUUUUCUGAGACUAAGGUUAUCACAUCUUGCAGAUUUUUUUUUUCCUCUUUAGAAAAUCAUGUUACUGAUUUCUUUUUAUAUAACGGUUAUUCUGAGACUAAGGUUAUCG